AUGGUUUCGCAAUUCGCAAUUCCUUUUUCGUUGUUUUGUGCUUACUCUCUUAUUUCAUUCCUGGUUUUUAAUAAGGUGUACGAAACCACCCAGCUGGUGAUCGACGAGGAGUUCCAUUUACGUCAAGGAAUUCACUAUUGCCAAGGCCGAUUUCAAAUAUGGGACCCAAAAAUCACUACCUUUCCCGGCCUAUAUCUUGCAUCGGCCGUGGUGCUCAACCAACUGCAGUUUUGCACAGUGUACAGUCUGAGGCUCAUAUCACUAAUCGCCAGCAUCGUGAAUACUGUGCUAAUGUACAAAAUUCGGAAGAACUUCAUCAAUCAGAAAACUAAUACUGAUUUGCUGCUAGAAACGGCAUCGCUUUCACUUCUUCCGCCACUCUACUUUUUCGCUCAUCUCUACUACACGGAUGUGUUAUCCGUAACAGUAGUACUGCUGCUGUUGCUGGCUAGCGAACGUCGAAAGCACACUCUGGCCGCCUUCUGGGGCUUUUGUGCUGUUCUUAUGCGUCAAACUAACAUCGUAUGGAUUGGAUUCGUGUGUGGCUCACGUGCGAUCGACUUGCUGCUUUCGCGAGGCAAUUUGCAACAAACGUUACUCUCCCCGUAUCGACUAAAGAACCUCAUCACGGAUAUUGUCGAUAAAUUUUGGGCUUACAUUACCGUGAUGGCGUCCUUCCUAGCCUUCCUAGUGCUGAACGGUUCCAUCGUGAUUGGUGAUAAAACUGCCCAUGAAGCAGCCAUUCAUCUUCCUCAGCUUUUCUAUUUUACAAUGUUCUUCGCUAUGUUCAGCUCAUCGUUGUUGCUUCCCGCACUAUCCAGCAUUUUAACAACUGUACUCCGACGGUGGCAUUUUACACUAAUCGCCUGUCUGCUGGUCGGAACCAUCGUCCAUUUCAAUACCAUCGUGCAUCCCUACCUUCUGGCCGACAAUCGGCACUACACCUUUUACCUUUGGAAUCGUUUCUUUGGUCGGUGGUGGUACGCACGGUUCCUGCCCGUUCCACUAUACGUAGUCGCAGGUUUGCUCCUUUGGAAAACGAGUACGCAACACCAAUCGUCCGGGUUCGUCAUCCUUUCCGUAGCCGCCGUAAUAGCAUCGCUGGCCUUACAAAAACUGCUUGAGGUGCGCUACUUCCUGCUACCUUUCCUCGUAUUACGGUUACUGCGCAAAGGUGGGAUUUCAAGACGGGCCCUUCUACUAGAAUUGGUGGCCAACGUGGCCAUCAACAUUGUUACAAUUGCCGUUUUCUUGCACAAAGAAAUAAGGUGGGAAAAUUAUGAACAGCCCCAAAGGCUCAUGUGGUAAACGAUCUUUCACCCCACGGCUUUUUAUUUUUAAAACAACAAAAUCAUGUGAAAAUGUCAAGAAAUGACAUCCACCAAGUCUGAUAGAUGUAGAUUGUUGUACAUUAGCUAUAAGUGAAUUAUAAUGUUCUUUCCUUGUUUCAAACCCCUAUUGGACAAUAAGGAACGAACAUUAGUUGUAGGAUUGUGAUUAUAUGCAAAUUAAAAUUAGCCAGUAAAUAGGGCGUCAAUUCUAUUCAUUCGCCAUCAAAUA